AAGGCUCAGUGAUUUCGUUCUGUGUGAGCGCUGGGAUUUGGGUGGUGGCUGUUUAACUGGAGUCUCCCUAGUUGUCCAGGGCUCUGGCAUGCGUUCAGCCGGCAGAGUCGUUUUAUACUGUUUACACUGAUUUUUACCUUUACCGUUUCGUCUUGUUUUUGAGGACAACUACGCUCGGUUAGGUGGUGGGUAAUUACUGGGUUCACAGUGUUCCUGAAGCUGAUUACCAAGUCAGCCCUUGCAGCAAAGUGCACAAAUGCAGGCCAUAAAGUGUGUGGUCGUCGGGGACGGGGCAGUGGGAAAAACAUGCCUUCUGAUCAGCUACACGACCAACGCUUUCCCUGGGGAGUACAUCCCCACAGUUUUCGAUAAUUAUUCUGCCAACGUCAUGGUUGAUGGGAAGCCAGUGAACUUGGGACUGUGGGACACAGCAGGACAGGAGGAUUAUGACAGACUCCGACCACUCUCCUACCCUCAAACGGAUGUGUUUUUGAUUUGUUUCUCACUCGUGAGCCCUGCUUCAUUUGAGAAUGUCCGGGCCAAGUGGUAUCCUGAGGUCAGACAUCACUGCCCCAACACUCCAAUCAUUCUUGUUGGAACAAAGCUCGAUUUACGAGAUGACAAGGACACCAUUGAGAAGCUGAAAGAGAAGAAACUCAGUCCCAUCACUUAUCCACAAGGCCUUGCCAUGGCGAAAGAAAUUGGUGCUGUGAAAUAUCUGGAGUGUUCAGCCUUAACGCAGCGUGGCCUUAAGACAGUGUUUGAUGAAGCCAUUCGUGCAGUGCUGUGUCCACCACCUGUUAAGAAGGGGAGGAGGAAGUGCUCGUUCCUCUGAAGUGUACGGGACUCCAAACGGCUGCAGUCUGAGCUGAUCUGAUGUGUUUAGGAUGGGGGAAUAUGUGUCUGGGGAGAGAGAGGGAAGACUCUGACGCGUACCCGUACAAAUGUGUCUCUCUCGUGUGUUGUAAUUAGACUUACCUCUAUGUAACUGACACUCUAUUAGGAUCCUGGGUUUUGUCUUGAGAUGGGGGACAGUUUUUACUAGCGAUGUCCCCCCCAUGCUAAGACACUCCUGAUGCCUUCUAAUAAUUUACUUUGUUUGAGAAGGGCGACAAGCCCUCCAUGUGAGCCCUUAUUUUGAUUACAAUCUGCUUUUUUCUUUUAUAUAGAAAGUUAAGAAUUGCCAAAACGUAAACCUUAAAUCUGAAUGCUAUACAUUGAAGUGUUUUGAUCUUGUUGUUUGUUAAUUUGUUUUAACAGCUACGCUACAGACAAAAAGUAAUAUCUAGAUAUCUUAAAGGAAUGCUUUCACAUAGGGACAAAUCAAAGCCUCCCCAGUGUGAUAGUUGCUGACAGGUUUUUAAUUACGUGUGUGUGUGUGAGAGAGAGAGUGCACAUGUUGUAGUCAAGUGCUUAAUUAACAAAUUUUAGUAUACUGACUGACAAAG